AUGAAGUUUUUAAGUGUUGUGCUGUUUGUGGCAGUGGUGGGCGCAGACAGGAGUAAUCUACCUCCAACGUGUGAUAGUGUGAUCUAUUGCCAUGGACCGUUGCUAGACACGGUCCAGAUGGCGGGCCUGUACAAUGACUCUAAGACCUUCGUGGAUAUGAAGAUCAAGAUGUCUCCGAAGAUCACGAUGGAACAUUUCCAUGAUAUGAUGAACAGGACAGGCUCCAGACCGACAAAGGCUGAUAUUUUAGAAUUCGUAAAUGACAAUUUUGAUCCGGAGGGCUCGGAGUUCGAAGACUGGAGACCGACAGACUGGAAGGAUAAUCCCGCGUUUCUAGAAAAAAUCAAAGACCCACUUCUUCACCAAUGGGCCUCUGACCUGAAUAAGUUAUGGCUGCAGCUGGGCAGGAAGAUGAAGGAGGACGUGAAGCAGAAUCAGGAUCUAUAUUCUAUUAUUUAUGUGGAUAACCCUUUUAUCGUGCCUGGUGGUCGUUUCCGUGAGUUUUACUAUUGGGAUUCUUAUUGGAUCAUAAAAGGACUUCUCCUCUCCGAGAUGCACUCAACGGCCCGCGGGAUGGUCAGCAAUUUUCUGGAUGUAGUCGAUAGAAUCGGCUUCAUACCCAAUGGUGGAAGAAUUUACUAUAAGAUGAGAUCUCAACCGCCACUCUUGAUACCCAUGGUGAAGUUGAUCAUGGAUGAUUCUGGGGACCUAGAAUAUUUAAGACAGCACAUACACACUUUGGAUCGCGAGUUUGGUUACUGGAUGACAAACCACACUGUUGAAUUUGAACACGACGGGCAAAGCUACCAGCUAAUGCGUUACACUGAUAUGUCCCAAGGUCCCAGACCUGAAAGUUACAAGGAGGAUAUUGAUUGUGCUAGACAUUUUGACUCAGCUGACAAAAAAGAGGAAUUAUAUGCUGAACUAAAAGCGGCUGCGGAGUCUGGUUGGGACUUCUCGUCCAGGUGGUUUAUUUUAAACGGAACCAAUAAGGGGAAUCUAACGAACCUAAAAACCCGUUCGAUAAUUCCUGUCGACCUCAACGCCAUCAUGUGUUGGAACGCGGAACUAAUGGCGGACUUCCACGCUCGACUCGGGAAUAUGGCUAAGUCCAGUUACUACAGAGAUGUGCACGCGUCCCUUUUACAGGCUAUCGAAAAUGUUCUCUGGCAUGAAGACGUUGGUGCUUGGCUUGACUACAGCUUGGAGUCACAGAGGCGAAGAGAUUACUUCUACCCUUCGAACAUAGCCCCAUUGUGGACUGGAUGCUAUGACCGAGCCCGGAAGGAAUAUUACGUGAACAGAGUUAUUAAUUAUUUGGAUAAAGUCAAGGUGGACAUCUUCGAAGGCGGUAUACCAACUACAUUUGAGCAUUCCGGUGAACAGUGGGACUACCCAAACGCAUGGCCCCCCCUACAAUACAUAUUCGUAGUUGGACUAGACAAUACCGAUUUGCCCGAAGCGAAACGUCUAGCUAACGAAUUGGCAACCAAAUGGGUCAGGUCCAACUUUGAGGUGUGGAAACAGAAAACUGCUAUGCUGGAAAAGUAUGACGCAACAAUAUUUGGAGGUUUCGGCGGCGGUGGUGAAUACGUUCUGCAGACGGGCUUUGGCUGGACCAAUGGGGUUGUGAUGGCUCUCCUAAACAGAUAUGGAGAUACUAUCUCGGCAGCUGACGCGUUCGGCACAGGCGUCGAAUCUGGUGCGGUGGUCGGCGCCCAAGUUGGAGCUGGAGGUGUCGCGACGGCACUACUGGUUGUUUUAGCGUCUGUGGCCGCCGGUGCUUUGGGGUUGAUGGUGUACAGAAAAAGAAAAGAUUACACUCCACUUACGAACGGUGAAGAUCUAAAGUUGCUCUCCCGCAAACCGUACACCGAACUACGGAGUCUGAACGGCACGACCGACGCGAGACAGCGGUGA